AUGCCAACACUUACCACAAAGGCGUUGCCUAGAAUCCUUUGGUUCCGAUCCCAUCUCCUCCUUGUCACACCAGAUUGGACCAUGCUGCGCCUCCGCCCGUCCGGACGGUCUCCGCGAAGCCACUGGCAGGCAAACCAAGCAUCUUCGACCUCAUCUCAAUCCAUCGAGAUUAGCUUGACCACCAAAAUGCAGUUCGACAUGUCCCCAAUUGGCAUCAAGACUGUCCGUCGGCUCGGUUUGUUCGUCAACGGAAUGCAUGUCAAGGAAAUCGACGACUGGAUCCGUUGCCUGAACAUCAAACAACCAGGUUUGGACGCCAUCUUGUCGAGGUAUUUAAGCGGGCUGCUUGGCUCGGUGAAUGGGAUGCCAUCCGAAUAA